UCCAAUCAAAACCCUAAUCUCUCAAUUUGCUUCUCUGCAGAUUUGCUGUGCACCUCACCAUCAAAUCGUACCAUUUCUAUUACUUAUCGGAAAUGAAAAUCACCAGAUUGGCGAUUCGGUCACUUAACGAUGUUGUUUCCCUCCAUCUCCGUCGUCCUCUCGUCGCCCGAACUCUCUCCACGAAUGCAUCUCCAGUUGACGAAGUCGAGGAGAAGAGUAGUUUAGAUUCAUUCGAGCCGGCCGACGAGUUCGAGAGGCGGAUAUUCGGCGGGUUUUCAGGGAACAAUGCGAGGUCCGAUGCUUUCUUCCAGAAGCUCGACAGAUUAGAGAGAGGCCGAGGCUGGUCCGGAGAUUCUCCGGACGACGGUGAGCUCGACGAGAGCUUCAGUACGUUGUCCGAUGGCAUGGAGGGGAAGCUGCAGAAGGCGGCUAUGUCCUUUGAGUUCGACCCAGAUGAAGUGGACGACGAGUCUUAUAUGUUCAGACCCGAUGCCAGUUUCAGGGAUGCCGUGACUUACGACAUCAAGGAUCUCGAUCUUACAAAACCAGCAGUACCUAAGAUUUCCAGAAGAAAUGAGUUUGAAGUAACUACAGAGGAAGUCCUGAGGAAAGCUGAUUUCAGGAAUGUCAGAUUUCUAGCAAACUUCCUAACAGAAGCUGGAAUUAUUAUCAAGAGGAAGCAGACUGGCAUUAGUGCAAAGGCCCAGAGGAAGGUUGCUAGGGAGAUCAAAACAGCACGAGCUUUUGGUUUGAUGCCUUUCACAACAAUGGGAACAAAAUCAUUUGUUUUUGGGAAAACCAUGGAGUGUCUGGAUCAGGAUUUUGAAUACGAGACUUUUGAUAAAGGAGCUGACUCAUACGAUAAAGAUCCUCUCGAAGCCUAGAAGCUUGUGCUGAGAUUUGGGUCGACAAUUUUCUCUACAUCGUGCCCCAUAGAUACAAGAUCUACAACUUGACUUGGUGGGAACUGGAUUUGAUCCGUGAUUAUAAGGAUGCUCGUGCAUUGGUAAGUUCCACAUUUACAUACCAUGUACUCACUGCAGUGACAGUCAAAUCUUGCUGUAAAACAUCUUUUUCUCUGGAAGGAAUGGUAUAUCGUUAAAUCAACAUGAGAUUUUUUAGUAGCAGACCAUAACACAGUUUUUAAGUUGACAUAGAAGAAGUUGUUAGGUGUUGAGGGUUGCCUUUAUAUUUGACUGUGUUGUAACCAUUAUAAAAUGUUGGUUAGUGAGUGAAUUAUUUAUGGGUAGGGAUGUACAAUCAACUACUUGUCCUGCUGCCCUCUUUUCUUGGAUUAAUAAAACGUCUGAUUCAACUUCAAAAUAAAAA